AUGGACAACCUCAACUUCGACGAACCGACCAGGAAAGAGCUCCAGACCUUCAUUGAGAGGGAGCAGGCGCAGUCUCGCUACAACUCCACCGUGCAGAACAUGACCAGCAUGUGCUGGGACAAGUGUGUUACGGGUACUCCCGGGAACAGCUUCUCUCGAGGCGAAGCCAGCUGCUUAGCCAACUGCGUCGACAGAUUCCUCGACGCCAGCAUUUUCAUGACCAAGACUAUUCAAGACCAGCGAGCGCGCCUGCAGGCUUCGCAGCCCGAGACGUUCUAA